AUGACGGAGGGCGAUACCGUGAUUUUGCACGUGAGAAACUUCGAUGGUCUGAUGGAUGAAGAUGUGAAGGUGAGGAUAGGCCUUGUGGUGGUCCCAAGCGUCACCGUGACCGAGAGCAGUGUCAUGCAAGUCAUGGUGGGGUGGAAAGGCUGGGCGGACUUUGCGCCGUUCUUGGAGUUGCCCUAUCCCCAGCAGCAGGACAAUCUCAUGAUGCAGUUUGAUACUCUCAAUGAGGCUCCGCUGGUCGAAAUUUGGGCCGAUCCCGCCGGGUGA